UCGGGACUUGGCAAUCUUGUGUUGAUAGUGCAGUGAGUCUAGUGUGUGAGAGUGUGAGUGUGUGUGUGUGUUUUGUGUCAUGCAGGGAGGGGCGUUUGAUCGCUGUUGCUAGGGGUUCCUUGGCCGCGGUUUCUACCUCCACUUCCUCUUCGUUGCACCUCGUGAAGCCCCGCCCUCAGUCAUGCCGCUCCGCCUGGAGAUCAAGCGGAAGCUUGCUCAAAGGUCCGAUCGGGUCAAGUGCGUAGACAUCCAUCCAACAGAACCAUGGAUUCUUGCGGCUUUAUACACAGGCAGUGUCUGCAUCUGGAAUCAUCAAAAUCAGACACUUGUCAAGUCUUUCGAAGUGACAGAGUUACCAGUGCGAUCUGCGAAGUUUAUAUUUCGGAAGCAGUGGAUUGUGACUGGUGCGGAUGACAUGUUCAUCCGAGUCUAUAAUUACAACACAAUGGACAAAGUGAAACAGUUUGAGGCCCACUCCGACUACAUCCGUAGUGUCGCAGUUCAUCCUACUUUGCCUUAUGUUCUGUCUUCAUCUGAUGAUAUGCUCAUUAAGCUUUGGGAUUGGGACAAGGGAUGGACUUGCACCCAAAUCUUUGAGGGGCAUUCACAUUAUGUCAUGCAAGUGACCAUCAACCCGAAGGACAACAACACUUUCGCAAGUGCAUCUUUAGAUCGCACCAUCAAGAUCUGGAAUCUGGGUUCACCCGAACCCAACUUCACUCUAGAGGCUCAUCAGAAAGGAGUGAAUUGUGUCGAAUACUUUAGUGGUGGUGAUCGACCUUAUCUCAUAACUGGUUCAGAUGAUCAAACUGCCAAGGUUUGGGAUUAUCAGACCAAGAGCUGCGUUCAAACACUGGAAGGACAUACUCACAACGUAUCUGCAGUGGCAUUCCAUCCUGACCUGCCAAUUAUCCUUACAGGGUCUGAAGAUGGGUAUGUCCGCAUCUGGCAUUCGACCACCUACAGGUUAGAGAAUACUCUUAAUUAUGGACUCGAGCGAGUGUGGACUAUCGGUUAUAUUAAGGGAUCUAACAGGGUUGCGAUUGGGUACGAUGAAGGUACCAUUAUGAUCAAACUUGGACGUGAGGAACCUGUUGCAAGCAUGGAUAACAGUGGAAAGAUUAUCUGGGCCAAGCAGAAUGAAAUACAGACUGUAAAUAUUAAAGCAGUCCCAGCAGAUUUUGAGAUCACCGAUGGGGAGCGACUGCCUUUGGCAGUGAAAGAACUCGGAAGUUGCGACCUUUACCCUCAGAGCUUGGAGCAUAAUCCUAAUGGCAGAUUUGUGGUCGUAUGCGGUGAUGGAGAGUACAUUAUUUAUACUGCCCUGGCAUGGAGGAACAGAUCUUUUGGCUCUGCUUUGGAGUUUGUUUGGUCCAAUGAUGGUGAAUAUGCUGUGCGAGAGAGUACUUCUAAAAUUAAAAUAUUCAAUAAGACUUUGCAGGAGAGAAAAAGUAUUCGGCCUACUUUCUCCGCUGAAGCCAUCUAUGGCGGAACUUUGCUUGCAGUGCGAACAAAUGAGUUCAUAUGUUUCUAUGAUUGGGUGGAAUGCAGAGUUGUUCGGAGAAUUGACGUUGUUGUGAAGAAUGUCUACUGGUCCGAUAGUGGAGAUCUGGUUACCAUUGCCAGCGAUAACUCGUUUUAUAUCCUCAAAUACAACAGGGACGUUGUAACAUCAUAUUUGGAUAGUGGCAAGCCUGUGGACGAGCAAGGUGUUGAGGAUGCGUUUGAAUUACUUCAUGAAGUAUCGGAGCGUGUUCGUACGGGUAUUUGGGUGGGCGACUGUUUCAUAUAUAACAACUCAGCGUGGCGCUUGAACUACUGUGUUGGUGGAGAAGUUACGACAAUGUUUCACCUGGACCGUCCGAUGUACCUGCUUGGCUACUUAGCAAACCAAAGUCGAGUGUACCUGAUUGACAAGGAAUUCAACAUCAUGAGCUACACGCUGCUGCUGAGUUUGAUCGAGUACAAGACUCUCAUAUUGCGAGAGGAUUAUGAAAGAGCAGAGGAAGUCCUUCCAACAAUUCCCAAGGAACACAUGAACAGUGUUGCGCGCUUUUUGGAAUCACGCGGAAUGCUUGAGGAUGCCCUCAAUGUCGCAACAGAUCCUGAUUACAAAUUCGAUCUUGCUGUGCAGCUUGGGAAGCUUGAUAUGGCAAAGGCUAUUGCUGAGGAAUCACAUAGUGAGUCCAAGUGGAAGCAACUGGGAGAAUUGGCAAUGUCAGCUGGAAAGUUGGAUGUUGCAGAGGAAUGCCUGAAUCAAGCCAAAGAUCAAAGUGGUUUGCUGCUUCUCUAUUCGGCAGUGGGCGAUGCUGAGGGACUAGAAAGGCUUGCUGCGUCUGCCCGAGAGAAUGGAAAGAACAAUGUUGCUUUUGUGUCUUUGUUCUUGCUUGGAAAGGUGGAAGAAUGCAUUGAUCUCCUUAUUGAAAGCAACCGUAUCCCUGAAGCUGCAUUUAUGGCACGCACAUAUGCCCCUAGUCACGUGUCGAGAAUAGUUUCUCUUUGGCGCAAUGAUUUGAAGAAGAUCAACCAAAAGGCUGCAGAAUCUUUGGCAGAUCCAGAAGAAUACCCCAACUUGUUUUCAGACUGGGAAUCUGCGUUAGCUACUGAGGCCAAGAUGAAAGAUCUGAGGAGUAAGUACAUCCCUGCAGCAACUUACUUGAACUUCAUCAACGGGGUUGAGGAGGAGUUAACCGAAGACUUGCAAGGUUUGGACAUAACUGGAGACGAGCCUGCAGAAAACGGCCAUGGUUUUGAAGAGAACGAGGACUUAAUAGAAGAGGACGGACAAGAGCAAGAUGCUCAUCAAGUCGUAGAGGAGACGUUUGAAGACGCAGAACAGAGUGCGGAUGGUAAGAGUGAGCUUGGGGAGGAAGCGGCUAACGGAGACCAUGAACCAGCAGCAGAUAGCUAGGUGUAAAUGUGUGGAGUAGUCCCUUGCUUUUUGUUUUUGUAGGACGUUCAAGAAGUUGGCCCUAAAUUUGUUCAUUUCCCCAGUCGGAUCGUACCGUGUUAGGAAUGAAUCAUAUUGGAUUACGUGGUCUGCGUAGACAAGCGCAGCACAUUAUUCGUAAGUUCCAGUAGUUGAGCGGUAGACAUUUUGCAACCUUUGGGGAAGUGAAUCUUUUGCGACAUUGCGCUUUAAGUGCAUCGUCUAGCAAUAUAUGUGAAUGUCAAGAUGUUCGCACUACUUGGUUAUAUUCUUUGGAAAUUGAACCUGGCUUCAGCAUUUUCCCGUU